CGCUAACCCGGAAGAGGUGGUGUUAUAGGGCUUUGCUGGCGGUGGUGGCGGCUGUUGCGACUUUGGACGUUGGUGCGGCGCUAGGAUGAACGCGCCUCCCGCCUUCGAGUCGUUCUUGCUCUUCGAGGGCGAGAAAAAGAUUACCAUUAACAAGGACACCAAGGUACCCAAUGCCUGUUUGUUCACCAUCAAUAAAGAAGACCACACGCUAGGAAACAUCAUUAAAUCACAGCUGCUGAAGGACCCGCAGGUGCUGUUCGCUGGCUACAAAGUCCCCCACCCCUUGGAGCACAAGAUCAUCAUCCGGGUGCAGACCACCCCGGACUACAGCCCGCAGGAGGCCUUCACCAAUGCCAUCACGGACCUCAUCAGCGAGCUCUCCCUGCUGGAGGAGCGCUUCCGGGUGGCCAUUAAAGACAAGCAAGAGGGCAUCGAGUAGCAGCAGGAGGAGUGUUGCUGGGCCGGCUCCUACGCUGCGCUGGAACAUUGUUCAGCUCCCAGUAGAGGAGAGCAGCUUCCCCGGCGUCGCGGACAUCGUGGUGAGCCCGUCCCCACCGGCGUGUCCUGCACAGUCUUUCGCUUUCCUGAUAAAGA